UAUUAAAAAGGAUAAACAUAUAGAUAGGAUGGGGGAUGUAGAUAGAAAAUCUAAUGUAGAUAUUGUGAUCGCUAUAAUAAUGGAUAAACAUAGGAUAGAUGAUGCUGGUAAACAUCAAAUGUUAGAUAUUGUUAUCACUAUGGAAAUGGUGUUGAAAAGUGUACAAUGG